UAGAUCUACUCUCCACUGGCGCCAUGGAAGAGGAUAGAAACAGAUUGCAGACCUUAUCCGAGGCCCUUCAGAAGUUUCAAGAUGACCUUCAAACCACCAUAGAGGCCCGCCAAAAGCUGGAAGCCCAGCAGCAAGAGAACAAAGCCGUCCAAAAGGAAUUUGCGUCGCUGACCGAAGAAGCCGGAAUCUACAAACUCGUCGGCCCGGUCCUCUUGAAGCAGGCCAAAACCGAAGCUGUCAGCGCUGUGGACGGUCGAUUGGACUACAUUGGCAAGGAAAUAAUCAGAACUGAAGAUAGGAUCAAAGAGCUACAGGAAGGCGCUGAGAAGAAGAGGGUGGAAUUGCUGCAACUGCAGCAGAAGCUACAAAUGGCGGCGCAAGAGCAGGGCAGUGGUUGAGGAAGACACUUAUGAGUUGUCUUCCAGAAAGACGCUGCCGGAAAUCCUUGGGUGUCAGUAUACUGCAAAAUGGGCCCGUUGGGCAUGCUGCCAUGAUACUCUCCGGAAGGCAGAAAGCCAUAGGCUUGCCCACGCCAUAUGUGCGAGAGCAGUUGAGUGAAGCUCCGCGCUAUUCGUGUUCAACCCCGACACGGAGAUUGCAAAGAACAUCUGCCGGAGGUCUUAUUUAUCGAGCUGUCUGCUGGUUUUCAACAGGCGGCACAGUCGAAGGAACAGCCCAACCCACUGACUGGGUGGUGAUGGACAAAUCCGACCUUCCCAAGCUGGACGCUGCACGAGUCCAAUAAUGCUGAGGCCAUCCUUCUUAGCGCAGGGGCACAAUGACGAGCUGACGUCCGCGGCUUCUUGGUGCUUGAAGAGAUGGGUUUCUUCACAUCUCGGGCGCACAAUCCACUGCUUUGAGGUCGAGGCUGCCUCAGACCAACUAGAAAGAGUCCUUCGUGCUGCUGUUUUGAUAUGGGAGAAUAGGAAUGAUCUUCUCAAUAUGAGGGUGGAAGGUGUAGCUCGUGCAAGGAAUCCAAGCCUUAC